UACUUCUGCCUGCUUCUGGGCGUCUUCCUCGUGGAACUGGUGGCGGGAGUCCUGGCCCAUGUGUACUACCAGAAGCUGAGCGAGGAGCUAAAACAGCACUUGAACCGGACGCUGACGGAGAACUACGGGCAGCCCAGGGCCAUGGAAAUCACAGCCUCUGUGGACCGUCUGCAGCAGGAUUUCAAGUGCUGCGGCAGCGACAGCUCAGCCGACUGGCAGCAGAGCGCGUACAUCCUGUCUCGUGAGGCCGAGGGCCGCCGGGUGCCAGACAGCUGCUGCAAGACAGUGGUGACAGGCUGCGGCCAGCGGGUCCACCCCUCCAACAUCUACAAGGUCAAGGGGGGCUGCAUCACCAAGCUUGAACAGUUCCUGGCCGACCACCUGCUCCUCAUGGGGGCUGUGGGCAUCGGGGUGGCCUGCCUGCAGAUCUGCGGGAUGGUUCUCACCUGCUGCUUAUACCGGAGAUUCCAGCUGCACUUUUCCUAGUGGCCGCCACCUCCCCUCUGACUGCCCCUCCAAGGACAGAUGCCCACCCCUCUGCCAGGCCUGCGGAGCAGCACCAGCUCCACCAGGGCCCCGGACUCCGCCGCUGACUCUGUGUCCACCCCCUGGGAACCUGCCAAGUGCCUGCGACCACAGCCCAGCAGGGCCCCUGGGCCCCUCCCUCAGUGCCAACCCCCCCCAGAUGCAGACAGCGGUCAGCCUGUAGGCAGCCAGAACCUGCAGGCCCCAUGGACUUAGGGGACCAGAGCUGGGCACUCCGUUCUCUUAACCCCAUUGCCUGGACAGAGCUCUGAACCCUGAGUCCUCUGGGACACCUCCUUCCUACUUAGAUGUCCUUAGGGGAGCUGGCCCCCUGCCCCUGCCCCUGCUGCAGGCGGGUGCUCUGCUCUCCACCGGGAAGUACAUCAGAGACCCAGCUGCUCUGAUCUGCCAUCCCCAGAACCUGCUCAGUCAGACACCGUGUCCUGAGAGCCUGGGGGCAGAAUCCCAAGGUAGGGCAGCCCAGGAGCUGGGCUGGAGGCUGGUGGGGAGCAGCUGGCAAAGAUGGGGAGAGCUGGCUACCCUCAGUACCCCCUAGUCUCUGCUCCCUUCAGGCUUUGCCCGGAGAAACUCACCUGGCCUCCCAGCGUCCAGUGCUGCAGCUCCAUCCAUUACCAGCGUAUCCCCCAGGGGACCCCUGCUUAGGGGCCUGGCGCUCAGAAUGCCAGUCUUCCCAGCCCCUCUCCACCCCUCCAGUGCUGGUGGCUGUAAGACCUUGCCAGUGGGGCCAAGUCACAGACCAUAGGAGGCUGAAGCCCCUGGGGAGGUGGAGCUCUGAGGACAGAGGUGCUCGGCCCUGGGGCACGCUCUCCCCAACCCCCUCACCCUGGCCACGUGGCCAUGCUGGCUGGCUCCUGGGAGGUGCCUCCCACCCCCUGGCCUUCAUGCUACCAGCUCACUUCCAACCCUGAACGUAGCAGCCGAUUUUGAGGGGACCAUCUCAGAUACCACCGAGUUGCUCUCCAGUCCAUUCCGGCUCACGGUAACCCCACGAGGGCAAGGGGCAGUGCUCCGCCAGGCCUUUCUCCCAAGGCACCUCUGCGUGGACUCAGAAUUUGAACCCUUUGGCCUGCAGACAGGCACGCUCACCCUCUGGGCUGCGCUGGGAGUCCUCUGCAGUACUGGGAGAGCCAAAAGGAAGUGCUUCCGGAGAGCGGAUUACGAUGCUGGCCGAUUUCUAAAGAGCAGGCACCAACUCACAGAACCAUCAUACCCCGCAAAAUCUCCCUUCCAUUGAGUCCGAUGACCCUAUAGGACAGGGACUGAAACUCUUUAUGGGGGUAGAAAGCCUCCUCUUUCUGCCGAGGAGCGG